AUGGCUGACCCAGGUCAUCCUGGAAUGGAUCGUUCGAUCCCACACGAUGACCGAUGGCCCCUUCUCAAGGAAGUCAUCAUCGACUUGUACAUCAACAAAGGGAUGACCAUUCCCGAGAUGGCGAAUCACAUGAAGCUUGUGUAUGACUUUGAUGCACAACAGCCACACUAUCGCUACCGCCUCAAGUUGUGGAAGGUGCGCAAACGGAUCAAGACCAAGGAGAAAGAACAGAUGAUAGUGCAACACGCCCGUCGUCAAAACCCCAGCGCAACCACAUCCGACAUCACAGUCCAUAAGGGAGGCAUCCACAAGAAGCUGUCGGACGCGCAGAAGAAGCAGUUGAGGAGAUACCUCAAGCGCAAACUGGAGUCAGAGUCCUUGCCAAACAUCUCGCCUGGGUUAGACACCGCAAUUUGGUUCCACGACCUAUUUAUCUUCUCCUUCAUGUCGGCCAAGUACUAUGGCAGAGGUCCGACGCGGUGGGAUGCUGAGCUCAUCGCGGCACGAAGCCUUGGUGGGCUCACUACCGAUGGAGCAAGCCACCAGGCUCGCGCCCUGCCCGACAUUUCAAACUCGGCCCAGGCAGAUAUAUGGGAUGAUUCCCUGCAUCCGACAAUGCUUUGUCGGUGGUCAAUUCAUCACGAGGAUGACGUCGAAUGCGACUAUGCAGUGUAUGCACCUUCACCACCGCAUGCUCCACAAGCCCAGGACAUCGAAGACGAGACAACAUGGAUGCCUUGGGAGGGGAAUAAGUCAUCAAGCCUCGGUGAAAUUCUACAGGAGGGGAUGACUUCAGGUUCUUUCACAAAAGCAACGACCGACCUGCCAGUCACAUCAUCGACCUUUUCAGCCGCCUUGGAGCGUUCAAAGGACCAGUUGGAAGCGGAAGCCUUUGCUCUCGCAAUCGCUUCAGGCAAUCAUGACUGCCUAACAGAGCUUGACCUAGAAUGCCUGUCAGGGAACCUGGGAGACUUGUUUCCCUUUCAUCUGGCUGCUACACACCUGCGUGGUGCCACCAGUUGCUGUCUUAUCGCCGAUCAUUUGGUGGAAAACAUGCAUGAUGAAUAUUCCGUCCUACCGCUGAACCGAAACGACCUGUCCCACACCAUCCUCGACUCCCUCAUGAUCACCACCCUGCGCUCACAUACCUCAGUCAGUCCAGCCAUAGUUUGCGAGGCGCUGGGCAAGGCCGGAAGGUUUCCCGGAGAAGGCAUUGACGUUUGUGGGAGGUGGGAUCUAGACUCGCCUUGCGUACGCCGGCUGUUUGCCUCCGGUCGGACGUCGAUCCCCAUGUCCUGGAAACAUCCCUUUUGCCACACUUCUGUCCAGGCGGUAUGCCAUUUCAUCACAGCAUUGUUCUCCAAGCCUUACAGCCCAGAUAUCAACUUGGAGUCUGGAAUCUUCUUCCGGAGGUGUUGCUGCGGAGAGGCGCUCAGACCGCGGCCAUUGCACACGCUGGUCAUGGUGGCGUAUUGUCUGGCGAGUCACGGUGCGCCGGGCGAGACUCUUUUUGGAGCCAUUGCGGUCCUCACCUGCAUGCUCGUGCACAACGCCAACCCCUUGGACGAAGCCGAUCUCGCAGUUCCACUCCUGUUUUUCCCGGGCGGGACCCCAGACACAGGAAACUGUCAACAUACCCCCAUGACUCCCAUAGCCCUUGCGCAUGCGCUCCAGGGGCUACCCCACCACCAGUGGACGUCUGAGGUUCGACUCGGGUGGGAUGUCUUCGUCAUGACGAUGAAGUUGGCGGCAGCUCAACGUUCAAAUGACGAGGGAAUGGGCGCAUCUGAAAGCUUCGCUUGUGAGCAUUAUUAUGAUUCCUAUACUUACUAUGACACAAACAACAAUACAUACUGUGCCAGUCCGGGGCUGGGGCGAAUUUGGGCAACGAUUCAGGCGGAGCUUGUCACUUACAGACGCUUGGGUGAAGAAGAUGCAUGGAUAUCCACCAACUUCGACCUCAGGCAUCUCCGCCAAGGUCUUGAGCUUGGUUCCGAUGUCUCUUUCAUGCCCUUUGUGUUGAGUUCCAUGAUCAAAGGCUUCUCGCACUGCGGUUGGUUUGUCUUUGAGGGUGAAGAUGAAGAUGAAGAUGAAGAUGAAGAUGAAGAUGAAGAUGAAGAUGAAGAUGAAGAUGAAGAUGAAGAUGAAGAUGAAGAUGAAGAUGAAGAUGAAGAUGAAGAUGAAGAUGAAGAUGAAGAUGAAGAUGAAGAUGAAGAUAAAGAUAAAGAUGAAGAUGAAGAUGAAGAUGAAGAUGGCUAUUGUUUCACCCGGAUACAGCCCGUUCCCCGAGCACAAGACGUUUGCUCGUUUUACUUUAUGAACAUGGAGGACUGUUCCCCGGAUCUAGUGCUGCCUAGCAAGCUACAGCCGCUAUCCGCAGUCUAUGUUGCCUUUCCAUCCGAGUUCUAA